AUGUCCACUUCCCAAACUCCCAACACUGGGGACAACCCCGACCCUGGCCCUGAUCCUAGUACUGUCACUGACACCGACACUAGCACUAGCACUGGAACUAGCACUGGGACUGGCACUGGAACUGGAACUGGCCUCACGCCAUAUGGCAGCCACUGGAGAGCAUAUGGUUUUACCUAUCCCCAGACUUUCGCGUCCCCCAACAAAUUUCUUUGCAGUUGCCCAAACCACGGCGUGUGGCAGUGGCCUCUCGAUCAUGCCGAACUGACGAUUGCUUCCUGUGCAUUCAGAUGUCCCUACUGCGACGAGUUCAACAAGCUCGGACGGACUAGGCUGAUGGCUUCAAACCUCCGUCGCCACAUUACCAAGACACACAUUGAGGGGAACCCUUAUGUAUAUGGUACUCUUAUUGUCGCGUCUGGAGCGCAAAACAGAGGUUCGUAA